AUAUAUUUUUUAUUGCACUUUAGAAUGAAUCUCUAGGAGGGUAUAGCUUGUGCAGGCAGUUUGAAUAGCACCAGGAAUACUUACCAAAUUCUGGAGAAUGAGUAAAUAUGAACUCGUGAGGAUUGUCAUUUGGUAUUCCACAGCCAGUGUGCUUUUCCCCAAAGGCAGACUCACUCAGGUCUUCUCUCAUUAUCAAGUUGCUCUUACUUUUAGGUAUUAUUUUAAUAUAUGGCAUAACAUAGCCUCCAGACCGGUGGCUUUUCAAAAUCAGUUAAUAAAAAUGGCCUGUGGGUUUUGCUGCAACAGCAGACUCCAUGGACCAGAACAUCAGCAUUACCUGGGAACUUAGUGGAAAUGCAGAACCUCAGGCCCUGGCCCAGCCUUACGGAACCAAAAGCUACAUGGAACAAGGUCCCAGCAAAGCAUCUCGCCUGUGACUUUGAGUCGGGUUUCUGCGGUUGGGAGCCAUUUCUCACAGAAGAUUCACACUGGAAGCUGAUGAAAGGAUUGAAUAAUGGAGAGCACCACUUUCCUGCAGCUGAUCACACAGCAAACAUAAAUCAUGGAUCGUUUAUUUAUUUCGAGGCACAGCGCUCCCCUGGGGUGGCCAAGCUUGGAAGUCCUGUUCUUACAAAAUUGCUCACUGCCUCUACCCCAUGUCAGGUGCAGUUUUGGUAUCAUUUGUCUCAACAUUCAAAUCUCUCAGUUUUUACAAGAACGUCUCUAGAUGGAAACUUGCAAAAGCAAGGCAAAAUAAUCAGAUUCUCCGAAUCUCAGUGGAGCCACGCAAAAAUUGAUCUCAUUGCAGAAGCGGGAGAAUCUACUCUACCUUUUCAGUUAAUUUUGGAAGCUACUGUUUUGUCAUCAAAUGCUACCGUUGUUCUAGAUGACGUCAGUGUGUCCCAGGAAUGUGAAAUUUCCUAUAAAUCACUACCAAGGACCAGUACACAAAGCAAGUGAGCUGAAUGGACUAAUCAAGAAAAAUUUGGGUCACAUGAUUCUGGAUUGAGACGAUUAAAGAACUUUUAAUUAAAGGUCCUUUAUUAAAGAUAUUUUUCAUUCGA